AUGGACUCUUUCCCGGCCCUCGCAUUGUUGCACGAGAAGGAGACGAGCAUUUUGGGCGCUGAAAAUCAUCCUCUUCACCUACAUGGCUUCAAUUUCUUCGUUGUCGGUCAAGGAUUUGGAAACUACAACCCAAACCAGGACCGAGCCAAUUUCAACCUGGUGGAUCCUGUUGAAAGGAACACAAUUGGCGUUCCAUCUGGUGGUUGGGUAGCCAUUCGAUUCCUAGCAGACAAUCCAGGUGCGAAUUACAAAACAUUAGUUACUUUUGCGAGGCAAAUUUACAUGCAUGGAGUGUGGCUUAUGCACUGCCACUUCGAUGUGCACACAAGUUGGGGCUUGAGGAUGGCUUGGAUUGUAAUGGAUGGGCCACUACCGAGUCAAAAAUUACCGCCACCACCGUCAGAUCUUCCAAAAUGUUGA